AUGGUUCAGGGCGUCCCCGAACAGUGGGACGACGGCGCGUUCGCGGCGUGGUUGACCGAGCUCGGGUGCCGGCGCGUGAGCAGCAAGAAGCGGCGGCGGUGGACGUACGGCUUCGUGACGUUCGGCGAGGCGAAGGGGAAGACGGGAGUGGCGUCGACGGACGGGUCGACGGACGCGUCGGCGCUCAUCGAACGCGCGAACGCGAACGCGAGACGGGACAUACGCGACGUCAUCACGCCGCUGUGGAACGUGAGUUACGGCGAACAGUUGGCUAGGAAGAAAGAGAUCGUCGCGGAAGCGAUGCGGAACAUCACGAGAGGGGUGCGGAACGCGAGUAAUAAGGCGAGGAAGAGCGGGCGUCGCGCCGACGUGGGGUGGAUGCGCGCGGCGUUGGGAAACGAUAAACUUUGUUGCGAGCUGGGAGGCAUCGUGCGGUCGCCGGUGCUGGAUGGGUAUAGAAACAAGAGUGAAUUUACCAUAGGGCCGAGCGCGAACGGCGAGAUCACGUGCGGUUUUAACGUCGGGUCGUUUCGCGACGGCGUCACCGCCGUGGCGCCGCCCACGGGAUGCCGAAACAUCAGCGAUACGGCGAAGUAUCUGGGCGACGCCACGCAAACGUACCUUCGCGCGCGGGCCGCGGACGGUAAAGGGCUGCCCGUGUACGAUAAGCGAAAGGCGACAGGGUUUUGGAGACUAUUCUUGUGUCGCGAAGCCGGCACCGCGCCGGCGAGCGAACACGGUUGGAAGCACUGGUUGCGAACGGGCGCCGUUUUAGUCAUGUUUCAAGUGUGCACGCGAGGCUACACCGACGAGCAAGUGAAAGAGGAAUGCGAUGGCGUUCUCGCCGCGGUCGAAGAAGCCGUCGCGAAGAGCGCGAAGCCAAUCAAUUUAAAGACGUGUCUGGUGCAGUUCUGGGACGGUGUAUCGAACGUCGCGCCGGACGACGCGGAGAUUAAAAAUUUGAGGACGAACGCGCCGAGCGAGAAGUCCGCAGACAUCAUUCACGAACACAUGUGCGGUCUCCAGUUUUCGCUUUCCGCGACGGCGUUUUUCCAAGUCAACACGGUCGCCGCCGAAGCUUUGUAUCGACUCGCCGGUGAGUGGGCGAGUCCUGGUGGGCAAAGCUUGCUGUUGGACGUGUGCUGCGGCACGGGGACGAUCGGUUUGACGCUCGCGCGCGCCGUCAAAAAAGUUGUCGGUGUCGACAUCGUGGAAGAAUCCAUCAGAGAUGCGUUCACGAAUGCGAAACUCAACGGAGUCGAUAAUACCGACUGGCUCGCGGGCAAGGCGGAGCACGUUCUUCCGAAAGUGUUGAACGACUACAAGACGUUGAUCAGGCCCGAUGGCCGCGCUCCAAAACCGUUCACCGCCGUAUCUGUGCUCGACGACCCGGACUUGAGCGCGGAUGAAGAAACAGAAGCGAUCGUCGAAGCGAAAGAAACCACCAACGCGGAGCUCGUGGGCGCGAAUCACGAGUUCGAUGACGUCGUCGCAAUCGUUGAUCCCCCGCGUGCGGGGUUGCAUAGACACGUAUUGUCGGCGUUGCGGCGAGAAAACCGUUUGAAACGUCUCGUGUACGUCUCGUGCAACGCGAACACGAUGGCGACUAACGUUAUUGAUCUAUGCGUGCCGCAAGGCGCCGAUGGUAACGGCGGCGGCGUCCCAUUCACGCCCGUGAAGGCGCUCGCUCUCGAUUUAUUUCCGCACACCGCACACGUCGAGGCCGUCCUCUUGCUCGAGCGAUGAACAUCGUCGAAACGACGGCGAUGACGCCACGACACUAACACU